AAGGAGAAAUAAGGAAGUACCCUUGUCUCGCGACUGUCUUUCGCGGUCCGGUGCUUUUUCUUCUCUCCUCUUUCCCUUCCGUUCGCUCCGGGCUCGGAUGUAAGGAUGGCUCGAGCUUCCCCGGUUCUGGCUCAGUCUUUGGUGUUCCUGCUGGUCCUCGGUUCCACUGCUUGGGUCGGCGCUGAAGCAGGAGCAGCUGGGCUCAGUGGGGAGCGGAAACCCAAUGUAGUGCUGAUUCUGACAGACGACCAGGACGUCUACCUUGGGGGAAUGACACCUUUGAAAAAGACCAAUGCUCUUAUUGCAGAAAUGGGCGUAACUUUCUCAAAUGCAUAUGUACCCAGUGCACUAUGCUGUCCUAGUAGAGCCAGCAUCUUGACAGGAAAAUAUCCACAUAAUCAUCAUGUUGUAAAUAAUACUUUGGAAGGAAAUUGCAGCAGCAAAUCCUGGCAGAAGAUUCAGGAGCCAUAUACCUUUCCAGCUCUACUCAAGUCUGAGUGUGGCUAUCAAACAUUUUUUGCUGGAAAAUACUUGAAUGAAUAUGGAGCAGAAGAUGCAGGAGGACUUGGCCAUGUUCCUCCUGGAUGGAGUUUUUGGUAUGCCUUGGAAAAAAACUCUAAAUAUUAUAACUACACACUUUCAGUAAAUGGAAAAGCACGUAGGCAUGGUGCGAACUACAGCAUGGAUUACCUGACAGAUGUACUGGCUAAUAUGUCCUUGGAUUUUCUGGAAUAUAAAUCCAGCUUUGAGCCAUUUUUCAUGAUGAUAGCAACUCCAGCAUCGCAUUCACCUUGGAUAGCUGCUCCACAGUACAAGAAGAAUUUUGAGAAUGUCAGUGCUCCAAGAAAUAAUAACUUCAAUAUCCAUGGAAAGGACAAACAUUGGCUUAUCAGACAAGCAAAGACUCCAAUGACUAAUUCAUCAGUACAAUUUCUAGAUGAUGCUUUUAGGAAAAGAUGGCGGACACUUCUGUCAGUGGAUGAUCUAAUAGAAAAACUUGUGAAGAAGCUGCAGUUUCAGAGAGAGCUGGAUAGUACAUAUAUUUUUUAUACAUCAGACAAUGGAUUUCAUACAGGCCAGUUUUCUUUGCCUAUUGACAAACGGCAGCUGUAUGAAUUUGAUAUUAAAGUUCCAUUGCUUGUUCGAGGUCCAGGAAUACAACCCAACCAGACAAACAAGAUGCUUGUGGCGAACAUUGAUUUAGGUCCUACUAUAUUAGAUAUAGCAGGAUAUGAUCUGAAUAAAACUCAGAUGGAUGGAAUGUCAUUGUUACCAUUAUUGAGAGGAGAAAUAAACAAGACCUGGCGAUCAGAUGUUUUGGUUGAAUACCAAGGAGAAGGACAUAACAGCAGUGAUCCUACAUGUCCUGCUCUUGGGCCUGGUGUUACUCACUGUUUUCCAGACUGUGUUUGUGAAGAUGCAUAUAACAAUACAUACGCAUGUGUAAGGACGCUGUCGACUAAAUGGAAUCUGCAGUACUGUGAAUUUGAUGACCGUGAGGUGUUUGUUGAAGUUUACAACCUGACUGCAGACCCACACCAGAUAACUAAUAUUGCAAAAACAAUAGAUCAAGAAAUUUUAGAAAAAAUGAAUUACCGGCUAAUGAUGCUACAGUCCUGUGCUGGAGCAACGUGUCGCACACCAGGAGUUUUUGAUCCAGGGUAUAAAUUCAACCCACAUCUGAUGUUUGGCAACCAAGAACUUCAGACUCGCAGACUUCUUGCAUCUUCCCUGUAGCUGAACCUGCCACCUUGUUUGUUGCCAACUCCAUUUCUUUGAAAUGACUGCAGAAAACUACCUAAUCUUUUCUGAUGUCUUGAGAGAUUAGAUCAGCUGAUCUUGCUGGUUAAACGAACUCUGACCAUGUGUUAGAGACAUGAUAUGUCCUAUCUACUCAAAUCUGAUUGCCACACAUAUGUUUCAUUUGAAGUUAAAUAUUAAUUUGGGAUGUGAAUCUGAAUGUCCUUGUUUGGUCUUGUUACAUACACAGAGGUUAGGACUGCUGUCUCCUAUGCUGGUUAGGACUGCUGUCUCCUAUGUACAACUAUUAACAGCUUUUUAAAAGAUACAGUUGCAUCUCAGUUCUGAAUCUGGUGAAUUAAAUUAAGCAGGUUAGUUGCCAUUUGUUUUCUUUCCUGUUUUUCAGGGUUCAUCUGGAUCACUGGCUAGAAUAUAUGUGUCUGAUAUUACACAUGUAUUGUUACCUACAGAAUCAGCUCAAUAUUUUGAGUCAGUAUCAAACCAUUAAAUGUGUAUCCUCCCACCCACCCCCAACUGUAUUUUCUGCUUGAAGUGUACACUGAAAUAGUACAAGUCCUACAGUGAAAUUAUAAGGCAUGCCACUCUGAAUAGUUAAACUGGAACUUGGGCCAAUAGUUUAGAAGACCAGGUAUCCUUAGGUGCAAUAACUAAAAUGAAAAUUGCAUUACAUCAGUACAGAAAUUCCUUGCAUUAUAGGACUUUUUUUUUCACGGAUGCAUUUGCAUCUAAAUCUAAGCGGGAUGGCUAUUACAUGGCUCAGCACAUUUGUAUUCUUCACUUGUAAUGCAAUAUAUUUUUACACUGGAUAGUUCUUAAGAAAAUGUCUUCAUAAAAGCUGGUCACUGCAUAAGAAUAGCUUUCUGAAUGGACUUCUUGCAAAUGACAUGGAACUUGUUCCUGGGCAAAGCAGAGUCAAAGGCUAGCUGUUUCUCAAAAGAAAACUGGCAUCUUUAUGACAAUCUAUUAAAAAGGAUAUGACUCUUAUGGUGAUAAAUAAUUUGAAAUAAGAUUGCUUCAUUUUAUAACUUAUAAAAUCAAUUUUUAUGAUAGUUUCUGUCUGAAGAGAGUUUAUGUCUGAAGAAAUAGCAAGACAACAGCAAAUGACUCUGAAAUACACUAUUGAACAUCUGAUCAGGAGUGCAGCUCCUUCUCUUAAGUGCCAUUUCUUUCCGUACUUACCUUUUGGUGAAUCUUGAGCUUUGAUUUAUUGCAGCUGAACAUGUUCAAGCUUUUGUAUUGUAUCUUUAGUUUCAUCAGUUUAGAGAUUAAGGAUCUAAAUCGAACAAUACAUGGAAAACUGACAUGACAUUGGAUCCAAUCUUAUGCCAUCCUUAAGGUGUAACUUAAAAUGAUGGUACACAUUACUCAUACCCAACUUGUACCCAGGUUAUUUCAACAUGUAGGAGUGUAAACUAUGACCAAGUCUGGACUUAACAGCUGGAUGGUUCUGAAAUCAGAUUUGUUUACAUUUAACGCUUUCAAAGUUGCAGCAGCUUUUAACAUUCUUAAGAAAGUGAUUAAAUUUCUCAUGUGAUUGAUACCUAACAUACACUUGAGGUAAUUCAGGUUCACACCUAGCAAAAUAUUUAAGAUUAUUUUUAUGUCUGGGUCAGAAAAUAGUAUUAUGUCUUCCCUUCAUACUAUAAUGACUAAUCAUUCAAAAGCAGUGCAAAACCUAGAACAGACAGAAAUUCAGUAUUGAACUGUUGCUUAUAUUAGGCUUGUUUUAUUAUGUACAACUAUUAUAGAAAUUCACCUAUGUAUUUUUCAUAUUUAAUUAAUGUGCUCAUAAACGACUUCUAAAUUAAUUAGUAGUGUAAGGAGAAAGCAGGAGUUAAGCAUAGAAUUAACAUACUGUGAAAUAUUUUGAUGGUUUUGCUUUCCUAUUAAAUGGCUUUACCUUACAACACUAA